CACACCAUCUAUAGGCAAUAUAUUUUUUUAAUAAUUAUUGUGUGAUACAUUUCAUCAUAGUCGAGUGGCCGUCACCAUGGAGAGUGCUUGCUGUAAAAAUAUUUUUUAAUACAAUAUCGUUGUGUUAGCUUAGUAAAAUUUGUUUUAUAAAAAUGUUAAUUAUAAUUUGAUCGUUAUAUUUUAACGCUUACAUGAUGUUUUUACAAUAUCUUGCUAGAUUUGUGUAAAAACGAGAAAUAUAUUUUUUACAAUAUUGUUUCAAUAAUAUUUCAGAAUGAAUGGAGGCAUGGAGCAUAGAACCCCAGGUCAUAACGCAGUGCUUCACAAGGCACCUAAAAACUAUAAAUUGUUAAUAGACCCAUUUCUUGUAAAAGGAGCUACUAAAUUAUACAGAUAUGAUGGAAUGGUUCCUGGAGAUAAUACAUAUCCAACUGUACAGUGCAGAGAUCCAAGAUCUCAAAUCUCUAGAAUUUGGAAUAAGUUAGAACCUGCGGAUUUGCCAGUGCCUAGAUUCAGAAUAGAUAAAAAUUAUGUGGGUAUCCCUCCUCAACUGGAAAUAACUAUUGGAAACCUGAAUGAUAACAUUGAUAAAGCAUUUCUCUCUGACAUGAUGAACAAAGUCGGCCCUUGUGAGGAAUUGACAAUAUUUUACCAUCCCAUAACAAAUAGGCAUUUGGGAUUUGCUAGAGUUGUAUUUCAAGAUGUAAAAUAUUCUAAAAUAUGUGUUGAGAAAUAUAAUGGCAAAUCUGUAAUGGGCCAGGUGCUAGAUGUGUUCCACGACCCCUUUGGUAAAAAAUGUCAAGAGAUGUUUGAGGAUAAAACCAUGGAGAGAAAGCCUCAGCCGGCAACGUCAGCUGCAAAAGUACCAAGCCUCGUAGAAGAUGUGCGAGCACCAAAGCUUGAUCCCGCGCUCAGUAAGAGAUUAGAAGAUACAAAAUUAACAGACAAGGAACCAUAUCCUCGUUAUAAGGAUGUAGAGCAUAAUGAUAGCAAUACACGAUGGUCAGACGAAGAGCGAGAGUACAGGCAUCGACAUCGCAACCGGAGCGAGCGAGACAGAGACUUGGACAGGGACAGGGAUAGGGAUAGAGAAAGAGAUAGAGAUAGAGAGAGACACAGGGACCGCUACGCUCGCGCGGAGCCGGCCGAGACGUACGCCAGCGCGCACGUGGCGGAGAUGCCCUACGCGCCCGCGCCGCUGCCCUACGACCCUUACUACCAACCCAGCUACGGCUACGGAUACGGUGGAGGGGCUGGCUCGGGGCUGUGGUGGGGCGACUGGCGCGCGCCGCACGCGUCGCACCAUCACCACGAGGUUAAAAGUAAAAGCGAGGAGCCAGUCCCCCCUCAGGAGGCGGCUGCUGUGAAGGAACCCGAGCCCAAACCCCCUCCGCCAGUCGAUGAACCAAAAAACGUCGACCUAGACACCAGGAUCGCAAUGCUUUUAAAAGGUGCAAGCGGCGGCGGGGGCCUCGCUCCGCCUUUUCUUUCCCUCGGCAUGUCUUCUGAGGAGGAGGAUGACGACCGCCUUCCUGCCAAGAUACCGGACUUGGAUGCCCACAAUCCACCAACGGAUGACGAAGGUUCAGGUAGCGAAGAUCGAGAGAGUAUAAUAUCCUUUAAUCAGAACAAAGACGUAGACCCCGAGCCCUUGUCAAACACUCCAUCCCCGUAUUUGAGCAGAGAGUUCUAUCUGGAAUGCCUCAAAAUUACAGUCGAAAAGAAAGCGAAAGACGAUCGCAAGAAGUUACCUCAAAUUGACAAGAUCGGUUCGGAUAUAUCAUCAUCGGAAGACGAGCUGCUGACCGGAGAGGAGCCGCGCCGGUCGCCGGCCGCGCCGCCGGAUAAGGACCAGGACAAUUUGGACGACGACCAGAUGUCUCUGUCAUCGCUGUCGUCUACGGAGGCCAAAAUCGAGGAGCAGGUGCCGGCCGAGGCGUACUACUACCCGCCCGCGCCGCACCCGCACUACUACCAGCCGGUGUGGCCGACCACGGCGUACCCCGGCGCGGCGGCCGCCUACCCGGGCGUGGCGGACAUGGCGCUGGCGUACGGCGCGGGCGCGUUCGCCGCCCCGCCGCUGUUGCCGCACCACUACCCGCACCGGCCCGAGCACCAGCCCACGCACCAGGAAUUAGACAACCCGUACUAUCCCACGAUUAACAGCGUAAUAGAGCGAGUGACGUCAGAGUUAAAAUUAAUCCUGAAGAAAGAUUUCAACAAGAAAAUGAUAGAGAGCACUGCCUUCAAAAACUUCGAGGUGUGGUGGGACGAGCAGAGUCGGAAAACGAGACAAACCGUCAAGCCGCUCAAGGAGGAGAUAGGGCAGCCAUUACAGGAUAUAUCAAAUAAGAAAGAAGAGACGGUAGAUUCAAUAAAAUCUAUAAUGGAAUCUCGAGAAUUAGGAUUAGAUCUCGGAGGAUACAGUGUGGGCAUCGGACUGGGUCUCCGCGCCACGAUACCGAAGAUGCCGAGUUUUAGAAAAAAACGGAAAAUACCUUCCCCUGUCGUCAUGGAUGAAGACUCAUCUAAACGGCUCAGUGAUCAAGAGGAAAUUGUUCAAAACUCGGAUGAAGAAAAAGAAGUGCCCACGAGUCCUAGAAAUAGGACGACAGGAUCAUACUUAUCCACUGGUAGAAGACGACAGUCCAGCAGUUCGUCAAGGUCGUCGUCAUCAUCGUCGUCUCGCUCGUCGUGGUCGGGCUCGGAGCGCUCCACGCAAAAGGGCGCCGCUCCGCGCAUAUACUCCGACACCGACGACUCCGAGAUCGACGAGGCGGAGUUCAAGGUCAUAUCUAAUAAGGAGAGGUUGAGAAGGGUCUACUCGUCGUCAUCGGACAGUGAAGAAGAGCUUAGAAGGAGAGAAAAAACUCCCAUACCACCCGUGGAAGCGUCAGACGAUCGACUCGGCUCUCCUAUAUUAUCACCAGAAGAGGAGCCUACAGAUUUGUUAUUGGAUCGAGUAUAUUCAGACUCGGAAGAAGAAAGAGAGUAUCAGGAACGGAGGAGACGAAACACUGAGUAUAUGGAACAGAUAGAACGAGAAUUCUUAGAAGAACAGAGACGUAAAAUGGAAGUGGACGCGGGUCCGCCGCCUGACAAAGCACCCGACGAAAGUAAAAUUGAAUCUAAAGAGGAAGAAUCUAGAAGUAGUCCAGUUAAGAACCAUCUCAAAUCACCUAAAAAGAAUAAAACGGAAGCAGAAGUUGAAGAGGGAGAGAUCACAUCGGAAGAAGAACCUCUUGAAGCGAGGCGGAAAAAAGAAAGGCGACAGAAAAAGAAACCAGUCGAGAGACAGAGGAUUCCGUCUGUCAGUGACAGUCACAGUUACACGGAGUCUGCGGCAAGUGUUAAUGGCGUCAAGGAAGCGAACAGCGCGCUGUCGGAGACGUCGUCGCCGCAGUCCCAGGCGUCGCAAGCGUCACAGGCGUCGCAGGUGGCGCUCGACCACUCGUACUGCCGGCCGCCGCCGCGGCAGGAGCCGCGCCCCAACCAUCUGCAGCACGACCACGGGUACACCUGGAUGGCUGAGCCGGAGAUCGAGUCGCCGCAGAUUGAGAGUGACGAGGUCAAAUCACAAAAAGAGACUAAAAAGCCAUACAAAAGAAAACAUGAGUCUAAGAAAUUGGCUGAAAUACAGAAUAAGUUGUACGAGCCGCUACCGGCGUACGACAAGAUGUACUCGAGCGUGACGUUCAAGCCGCGCGACAUAAUGGCGGAGAUGCAGGUGAUGUACGAGUUCCUGACGCGAGGCAUCGACCGCGAGGACGUGGAGUUCCUGCGCCGCGCCUACGACGCGCUUCUGGCCGAGGACGCUCAGGGCUACUGGCUCAACGACACGCACUGGGUCGACCACCCGCCCACCGACCUCACCUACUCGCCGCCGCGCAAGAAGUCCAAGCGCCACGCCAACAUGUACGAGGACUUGCAGAGCCAUUCGAGCGGAUCUGCGCGCACGGAGGGCUACUACAAGAUGGACGCGCGACUGAAGGCCAAGUACAAGUACCACCACGGCCGAGCCGCCGCCGUGCCCGCGCCGCCCGACGACAAGAAGGCGUCCAAGAUGCAGCUGCUGUCCCGCGAGGCGCGCUCCAACCAGCGCCGUCUGCUCACCGCGUUCGGAACGGACACGGACUCUGAUCUCCUUAAAUUUAAUCAACUCAAAUUUCGAAAGAAGCAGCUUAAGUUUGCCAAAUCUGGCAUUCACGAUUGGGGCUUAUUCGCUCAGGAGCCGAUAGCCGCGGACGAGAUGGUGAUCGAGUACGUGGGCCAGAUGGUGCGCCCCAUCGUGGCUGACGUGCGCGAGGCCCACUACGAGGCCACCGGUAUCGGAAGCUCGUACUUGUUCCGCAUCGACCUCGACACCAUCAUCGACGCGACUAAGUGCGGCAAUCUGGCGCGUUUCAUCAACCACAGCUGCAAUCCGAACUGCUACGCAAAAAUUAUAACAAUAGAGUCCCAAAAGAAGAUAGUAAUAUAUUCCAAACAACCGAUCGGCGUGGACGAGGAGAUCACUUACGACUACAAGUUCCCGCUCGAAGAUGAAAAGAUCCCGUGCCUGUGCGGCGCCCCGCAGUGCCGCGGUUACCUCAACUGAGCACGACAGACGUCUCGAACUCGGAACGCUAAUGAUACUCCUAAUAUAAUUCCACUGUCAAUAUUAA